AGCUCUUGCAUACGGAAACACAGAGUCCAAAUCAAAUCCACCUUCCCCUCAGGCGAAGAAAAUAAGGAACCCCAAGAACCAAGAACAAAGAACAGACAAAGCCAGCCUUGCUUUUUGGGUUCCUCUCGCCCAAUCAUCUCGACUUGCGUCCCUCCCCCGCCCUCCCCCCUUCGCAUUUCGGCCAAAAAGUCAUCUUUCGCGCUUUUCAUCCACUCUUGUUUCUGGGUUUUCUAGGGCUUUGUCGGGAGGACUUGUGGGCGGAGGGGUCUGGCCCUUGCGAGUGCUGGGUUCGUUGAGGAGUGAAUAAUGAUGGAUAACAAUAACUGGAGGCCGACGCCGCCGGCCGGUGUGGGAGGCGGGGGUGCUGAAGCUGCGCUCGACGGGGGCGAUUGGAGGGGUCAAUUGCCGCCCGAAUCGCGGGAUAGGAUCGUCAACAAGAUAAUGGAGACCUUGAAGAGACACCUUCCUGUUUCUGGUCCAGAGGGUUUGCAAGAACUCAAGAAAAUUGCCGUGCGGUUUGAGGAAAAAAUUUACACUGCUGCAACAAGCCAGUCCGAUUAUUUAAGGAAGAUAUCUUUGAAGAUGCUGACAAUGGAGACAAAGUCUCAGAAUACCAUACCUAAUGCUUUGCCAUCUAACCCUGCUGGGAAUAGCAGUAAGGACCCGGUUAUGCAGUCACAAAUUCAAAAUCAAGGCCAAUCAAUUCCUAAUUCCUUAGCUGUGAAUCAGCCUCAAGCACGUCAACAGUUAUUGGUUCAGAAUAUUCAGAAUAAUGUUCCAUCUGGAGUUCAGGCUUCAGCCAGUCUAUCGUCUACAUUGCCAUCUGUCUCUGGCUUGAACCAAUCUUCCAUCCCGAAUACUAUUGGCCAAAACAACAACAUGCAAAAUAUGCCUAGUGUUUCUCAGAACUCACUGGGGAACUCACUGGGCCAAGGUCUCAAUAGCAACAUGUUCGUAAAUUCUCGGCAACUUCAAGCUAGGCAACAGAUGGUUUCCCAACAGCAACAACAACAGUCUCAGAAUUCACAGCAGUAUAUUUACCAGCAGCAGCAAUACCAACAGCAGCUUUUGAAGCAGAAGCUUCAACCGGUGGUCCCACAUUCGCUCAUGUCAUCUCAAUUCCAACAACAGCAGCAGCAACAGCAGCAACAGAAUAUGCUACAGCCGACUCAGCUGCAGGCUUCUCAGCAGUCUGUCCUCCAAACAUCUUCUGUCAUGCAGCCAUCAAUGCAACCAGCUCCUCUAGCUGGUCUCCAACAAAAUCAACAGUCUUCAGUUCCACAGUCAACACAGUCCAUGCUUCAGCAACAUCAAGGUCUGAGGCAACAGCAGUCUCAGCAGGCUGUUCAUCAACAGCAAGCAUCUUUGUCACAGCAGCCGAUGUUGACUCCACAGCAGCAACAGCAGCAUCAGCUUUCAAGUCAACAGAUGAUGCAGCAGAACCAGUUGGCCGGUCAACAAAAUAACAUGGGAGAUAUGCAGCAGCAGCAGCAGCAGAGAUUGCUUAACCCACAGAAUAAUCUGCAAAACAUCCAGCAGCAGCAGCAGCAGCAGCAGCAGCAGUUGAUGCCUCAACAAAACAAUCUCACAAAUAUUCAUCCUCAGCAAAUGGCUCCUCAAAGUAAUGUUCCUGGGUUGAAUCAGCAGCAACAAAUGGUUGGGUCUCAAUCUGGUAACUCUAGCAUGCAGGUUGGUCAGCACCAAGUUCACGUGCUUCAACAGUCCAAAGUUCCUGUACAGCAACAAAUACAAGGUGGUGCAUCAAAUUUGCUAGCCUCUCAAGGACAACAAUCACAAGCUCAGCCAAUGCAGCAACAGUUGAUGUCACAGAUUCAACAGCAACCUGCACAAUUGCAGCAGCAGGUGGGCCUGCAACAACAGGCCAAUUUAUUGCAGCGAGAUAUGCAUCAGAGACUUCAAGCAUCUGGAUCAUUGGUUCAACAGCAGAAUGUGAUUGAUCAGCAAAAGCAAUUGUACCCAUCGCAAAGACCCCUGUCAGAGACAUCGACAAUGUCUAUUGAUAGCUCUGCCCAAACGGGGCAUUCGGCUGGGGGUGACUGGCAAGAGGAGGCUUACCAAAAGAUGAAAUCCAUGAGGGAUGCAUAUUUAUCUGAAUUGAAUGAGAUGUACCAGAAAAUCUCUAUGAGGUUACAGCAGCAUGAGUCUCUUCCGCAACAGCCAAAGUCAGAUCAACUUGACAAAUUGAAAAAUUUUAAAUUGAUGUUGGAGCGCGUAAUUGCUAUUUUGCAAGUUAACAAAUCUGAAAUAAAUCCUUCUUUCAAGGAGAAGCUAGUUCAUUAUGAGAAACAGAUUAUAAACAUUAUCAACACAAGCAGGCCCAGGAAAGUAGCUAUGCAACAAGGGCAACUUCCCCCUCCUCAUAUGCACUCAAUGCAGCAGCAGCAGCAGCAGCAAUCGCAACCUCAAAUUACUCAAGUGCAGUCACAUGAUAAUCAAAUGAACCCUCAGUUACAAUCAAUGAAUUUACAAGGUUCUGUAGCAUCAAUGCAGCAGAACAAUAUGGGAAAUUUGCAUCAUAAUUCCAUGUCUUCUUUGUCUGGGGUUUCAAAUGCACAGCAAACCAUGAUUAGUUCACUACAGCCAAAUUCCAAUAUGGACUCUGGACAAAAUAAUGCCCUGAAUACAAUGCAGCAGGUUGGUAUGGGACCUAUGCAGCAGAAUCCUGUUAGUGCUCCACAGCAGGUGAACAUGAGCACCAUGCCGCAACAGGGUGGGGUAAACAUGUUACAAUCAAAUGUUAACACCCAUCAGUCUAAUUCCAAUAUGCUUCAACAUCAGCAUAUCAAACAGCAACAGGAACAACAGAUACUACAGACACAGCAGCAGUUCAAGCAACAGUAUCAGCAACGUCAAAUGCAGCAACAAAUGAAACAACAGCUUCUGCAUCAGCAGCAGCAGCAACAGCAGCAUCAGCAUCAGCUACAGCAGGCUAAGCAGCAGCUUCCUUCACAACUGCAGACUCAUCAAAUACCACAACUUCAUCAGAUGAAUGAUGGAAGUGAUAUAAAAAUAAGACCAGGCAUGGGGGUGAAGCAAGGAGUCUUUCAGCAACAUCACUCAGCGACACAGCGCUCCUCUUUUCCGCAUCAACAGCUGAAAUCAGGAGCUUCAUUUCCUACCUCUUCCCCUCAGCUUCUCCAGGCUGCAUCCCCUCAAAUUCCGCAGAACUCAUCUCCACAGAUUGAUCAGCAGAAUGCGCAUUCUUUAACUAAAGCUGGAACUCCUUUGCAAUCUUCAAAUUCACCUUUUGUUGUUCCAUCUCCAGCUACUCCCUUGGCUCCAUCGCCCAUGCCAGGGGAGUCUGAGAAACCUAUAUCUGGCAUUUCCUCCCUUUCUAAUGCUGGAAACAUUGGAAAUCAGCAACCAAGUGCUGCCCCAGCACCAGCCCCUUCCCUUGCCAUUGGCACUCCUGGUAUAUCGGCUUCACCCCUGCUCGCAGAGUUUGGUCCAGACGGUGCUCAUGGUAAUGCAUCUGCUGUUGUCUCCAGCAAGUCAACCGUGACUGAGCAGCCUUUUGAGCGACUAAUUAAAGCGGUUAAAUCAAUGUCACCCCAAGCAUUGAAUUCUGCAGUCAAUGACAUUGGUUCAGUUGUUAGCAUGGUUGAUAGGAUAGCAGGAUCAGCUCCUGGAAAUGGAUCUAGGGCUGCUGUUGGUGAGGAUCUAGUUGCUAUGACUAAAUGUCGCUUGCAAGCCAGAAAUUUCAUGACACAAGAUGGGACAUCUGGAAAUAGGAAAAUGAGGCGUCACACAAGUGCAAUGCCUUUGAAUGUUGUAUCAUCAGCUGGCAGUGUAAAUGAUAGUUUUAAGCAGUUCACAGGUGCAGAGUCUUCUGAUUUGGAGUCAACUGCAACAUCCAGUAUCAAAAGGCCAAGGAUUGAGGCAAACCACGUCCUGUUGGAAGAAAUAAGAGAAAUAAAUCAGCGUCUUAUAGAUACUGUGGUAGAUAUUAGUGAUGAAGAUGUUAAUCCAAGUGCGACUGUUGCUGUCGCGGAGGGAGGGGAGGGAGUCAUUGUCAAGUGCUCUUUCAAUGCUGUUGCUCUGAGCCCAAACUUGAGGUCACAGUAUGCUUCAGCACAAAUGUCACCAAUUCAGCCUUUACGGUUGCUUGUACCUACAAAUUACCCCAAUUGCUCCCCUGUGCUUUUGGACAAAUUUCCUGUUGAAGUGAGUAAAGAAUAUGAAGAUCUUUCCGUUAAGGCGAAGUCAAGGUUCAGCAUAUCCCUUCGAAGCCUUUCACAACCGAUGUCACUUAGGGACAUAGCAAGAACUUGGGACGAUUGUGCCCGUGCGGUUAUUUUGGAAUAUGCUCAGCAGAGAGGGGGAGGCAGCUUCAGCUCAAAGUAUGGGACCUGGGAGAACUGUUUGAGCGCCGCAUAGUUCUUUUUGCCACCUGUGCCAAUACUGAGGGAGAGCUGCUUUCGGAGUUCCUUACCAGAAAAAGUAUCUUGCUGGUCAAGGUCGUUGUUGACAUGAAGCUGUUUUAAGACGGAUUCUAUAGCUUGGAAGGUAUGGAAAAAGAGCUUGCAUUUCUGAAUUUUUUUGGGCCAUUGGGAUGUUUGUGCUAGAUCGAAACAUCCGGCGGUCGGGAAUAUGUAUAUUAUGCAAUGUCGUUUAAGCCAAAAGGAUGGGUUUGUUGCUGCACGUAUGUCUUGAACACUCACUGAUGUGGUGUGAUAUUUGUAUUAUACCGUUCUUCCUUUCUCACAUAUUUGCGAUGUUAGUUUCAGAUCCUUUCUUGUUAACCUGUAAGUUAUCAUUUUGCCGAUUGGAUGGGGUUCCUGGUUUCAAGAUUA